CGCGCGUAAUUCGACUUGCAGCUUUAUCCAAACAAAACAAUUCAGUGUAUAAGAAUCAGUGGCAUUAUUAGAAAAAAAAGAAGUGUUUGAAUAUUUUGUGGGUGACUUUUUAAGUAAUAUUGUGUUUAAGUUUCAGUAGUUUUGUGUCAUAAAUUCAAAGUUUUGAGUUUCUGGGUGUGAUCGUAAUGCAGCGUUUGUAAUCAGGUGAAAGGAGCCGUCGACGGGCAUAAGACCGUGGACGAUGGAGACCAGAGCUGAUGAUGAUGAGGCGCCUACAGAUCCAGCGGCAAGGAAGCUCACACACCAUGACUACACAGAACUAGACUUUGAAGGUCACCGUGCCCACACCGUGUUUGUUGGGGUCCAUGUGCCAGCUCGAAGACAUUCGCAUAGGAAGCACAAACAUCAUCACCGCAAUGGAGAAAAAGAUGUAGAGAGACCAGGGCCGGGGUUAAUGACACGAGUUAGAAGAUUAAGCGUCACUGAUGACGGCGAAACAUUAACACCACCAGCGCAAAGAGUACAAUUUAUACUCGGCGAAGAUGUCGAUGACUCCACACUUGAGUCCCACCCUCUAUUCUCCGAAAUGGAGGAACUGGUUAAAGACGGUGAUGAACUGGAAUGGAAAGAGACUGCCAGAUGGAUAAAAUUCGAAGAAGACGUCGAAGAAGGUGGAAACCGAUGGUCAAAGCCCCACGUAGCAACUUUAUCUCUUCAUUCUCUCUUCGAACUACGAAGUUUGAUACUAAACGGAUCAGUCAUACUAGAUAUGGAGGCAAACUGCUUGGAACAGGUUGCAGAUAAUGUACUAGAUAAUAUGGUAGCCGAUGGUGGCAUAGGAUAUGAUUGUAGAGAGAAAGUCAAAGACGCUUUAUUGAGAAGACAUAGGCAUCAACACGAAAGACGAAACCAUCACAACAAUAUGUCGAGACUCCCUCUAAUUCGGUCACUAGCUGAUAUUGGACGAAACCAUUCAUCGUGUAAAAGUGCUGCACACGAUGAUGGCAUGGUGAAAAGUCCCAGCAGUAUAUCAAUGCAAAGGAACCAUAGCUCUGGUGACCUGCCAAUGAAUGGAGAUAUAAAUCACAAAUGCAAUACAAACUUCAUGCGAAAGAUUCCACCAGGAGCAGAAGCGUCUAACAUUUUAGUGGGCGAAGUAGAUUUCCUAGAAAAAACUCUAUCUGCAUUCGUUAGACUGAAAACCGGAACAAUAAUGGGUGAUUUGACAGAAGUUCCAGUACCGACCAGAUUUAUGUUCGUAUUGCUUGGACCUCCAAACAGUAACUCUAGUUUCCACGAAAUUGGCCGAGCAAUGGCUACUCUAAUGUCAGAUGAAAUAUUCCAUGAAGUUGCAUACCGAGCUAAGAAGCGAGACCACCUUUUGGCUGGUAUAGACGAAUUUCUGGAUGCAGUGACAGUUCUACCACCAGGGGAAUGGGACCCAGCUAUACGUAUUGAACCUCCAGCAGCUAUACCGUCCCAAGAUCCUCGUAAACGGCCAAAUGAUAAUCACCCAAAAGAGGAAUUAGAUGAGGAAGAAGAGGAGCAAAGACAGAGGGAAGAAUCAGGUUUAGCUAGAACUGGAAGACUGUUUGGAGGUCUCAUAAAUGACCUCAAAAGAAAGAUGCCUUGGUAUUGGUCUGAUUUUAAAGAUGCAUUGGCGAUACAGUGUGUUGCCUCGUGGAUAUUUUUAUAUUUUGCCUGCUUAUCACCUAUAAUUACUUUUGGAGGGUUAUUGGGGGAGGCUACCGGAAAAAAUAUGGCUGCAAUGGAAUCAUUAGUAUCUGGAUUUGUCUGUGGAAUGGGUUACGGCUUUUUUUCAGGUCAACCACUUACAAUUUUAGGAUCAACCGGCCCAGUAUUAGUAUUUGAAACAAUCGUAUUUGAAUUUUGUCGCCAGAUUGGUUGGAACUACAUGUCGUUCAGGUUUUGUAUUGGGACGUGGAUAACGAUAAUUUUGGUUAUAUUGGUAGCUAUCGAUGCUAGCGCAUUUGUCUGCUAUAUAACAAGGUUUACUGAAGAAAAUUUCGCCACAUUGAUUGCAUUUAUUUUCAUUUACAAGGCCGUGGAGAAUGUAAUAUCAAUCGGCAAAAAGUACCCUCUUAAGACACGCCCCGAUGAAGUUCUCAAUUAUGAGUGUUAUUGUUUACCAAGCAAUUACUCCAAAGUGCCGGAGCAGUUUAAUUGGACUUCGGUAGACAAAGAGUCUUGUCAGCUCUAUAAUGGGACAUUAGCCGGCGGCGGAUGUGAUACAAAAGUGUACGUUCCUGACGUAUACUUAAUGUCUAUAAUUCUCUUCCUGGGAACUUUUACGAUAUCUAUCAUUUUAAAGGACUUUAAGAACUCCUUGUUCUUUCCAUCCAAGGUCAGACAAAUCAUCAGCGACUUUUCAGUAAUCAUUGCCAUUUUGUCUAUGUCCCUUUUGGACUACAAAGUGGGUGUAAAAACCCCAAAAUUGGAAGUACCAUCAGAGUUCAAACCAACAUUACCCUCCAGGAAUUGGGUGAUCACUCCAUUUAGUGGAAACCCUCUUUGGUCAGCACUAGUGGCAAUACUACCAGCAUUAUUGGGGACUAUUCUUAUAUUUAUGGAUCAACAGAUUACAGCUGUUAUAGUCAAUCGUAAAGAGAACAAAUUGAAAAAGGGAUGUGGAUAUCAUCUGGAUUUGUUCGUGCUAGCGAUUUUGAUACAGAUAUGUUCUGUGAUGGGUCUCCCUUGGUUUGUAGCGGCAACUGUCCUUAGCAUCAACCACGUCAAUUCUUUGAAAGUGGAAUCAGAAUGUGCUGCUCCAGGAGAAAAGCCACAGUUCUUAGGAGUUCGUGAACAGAGAGUUACUCAUAUAUUAAUCUUCUUAAUGAUUGGGUGUUCAGUUGUUCUGACGCCUGUUCUGAGCCACAUACCAAUGCCAGUACUUUUUGGAGUUUUUCUGUAUAUGGGAGUAGCGUCGCUAAAGGGGCUACAGUUCUUUGACAGGAUAUUGAUAAUGUUCAUGCCUCAGAAAUAUCAACCGGAUCACAUGUUCUUGAGACAGGUCCCAAUUCGUCGAGUCCAUAUUUUCACAACAAUCCAGUUGACAUGUCUGGUAUGCCUCUGGGUUAUCAAAUCAUUUUCUAUGACCUCGAUCCUCUUCCCACUGAUGCUGGUGGUGAUGAUUGGCAUCAGGAAGGCUCUAGACCUGUUCUUCACAAGAAGGGAAAUGAAAAUACUCGAUGACGUGAUGCCAGAAAUGACCAAGAGGAACCAGGAUGAACUUCGGGAACUUGGCGAUGCGGAGGAACCCACAAAAAGCAACCCGCCGUCGUACCAAGAGAAUCUACAAAUACCUCUGAUCAACGGAAAUAUCAUGAACAUACCGUUGACAUCAAUCAAUAUCUCGGAGGAAGUUAACAAAACCGGGAUAUGGAAACAAGUCAAUAAUAGUAACAGAAUGAAAAAAGAUACGAAGAACAAAACGGGUAAAAAAAAUAACAAACACAAGAAAUUAAUAAUGUCGAAAAAUGCACAAACUGAAAUCGAGAGGAGACUAUCUACCAUGGACGAGGUGGAAGAAGACGACUCAUCGACAAAGAAUGACCACGUAAGGCGCAAAGAUUCGUGGAGCAGCGGUAUAAGAAAAUCUGAUUCUAGAAAAGGUAGUUCUUCAGCUGAAACUUCGGUCUAAAUCUAAAUCUAGAACAAUCUAAGUCUAAAACUCAUUUAUAUCUAUCUACUCUUAAAACUCAUUACCGUCAUAUUAUGUAGUGUUUAAGUAAAUUGGCACAAAGUGUGUUGACAUAAAUUAGUAAUUAUGCGUACUAUGUUUAUUUUUCUUUGUUUAUUGAAGUUUAUGUUCAGCUACUCAUUUAUAGGCAUGUCUAGAUGGACUGUCAAUAAGGGCUAAAAUGAAACAAGACUACAAAUCAACUGUUUCUAGUUUUGUUGUAAUGGUACUUGGACUUCACUACAUAAUAUAAAAAAGUCGCUAUCCUCAGUCUAUCUGUCCCUAUGUAUGCUUCGAU